UACAACACACAGCCAGGGUUGCUAUUCGCCAACAUAUUAUCUGUUUGGUCAGGUGACACGUGGGGAUAUUAUUAUAUUAAUUGGAUCUAUUACAUGAUUGAAUUAGUCGAGUCUCAAACUUCUAGACAUUGAACAACCAAGUGUGUGUCAAACUUUUAGACAUAGAACGACCAAAUGUGUGUUAAUAUUGUAUAGUUCCAGGUUUAAUAUUUGGACGGAUUACUUCUGACUUUGGGUCAUCCUUAGAAACCAGGGUUUGUUUGUUUCCAGAUAACUUUUCUAUAGUUUUUGGUGUUUUUGUUGGACUUCUAGUUUAAUAGUAUAUAAGGUUUGUCGCUGGACAUUGUGUUACUUCCAUUGAGGAUUCUUUUUUAAAAAAAACAAGCGAUCUUGAAGAAACAGUGAAUUGCUGGGACAGACUGACUUCUGAUAACUCGAUGGACAUGGUGUAUCAUGAACGUUAACGAGACGGCUCUGCCUCAAAAGAACUCAACUGUUUGACCAGAAUAUAAUUUUUGUUCCAUAUAUGUCGUCUAAAGGAAAUCAACUUUUCCAAUUUUUAAAAUGUUUCCAAACUUAAUUCUUAGAUUUGAGGUAUUUUGAUCACACUAUUUGAAUCAAGAAAGAAUAUCCUGUCAUAGUAUCAGACCCUAUCCGUGUUUAAUUAUGAUGGAACUGAUUUCUAACGCCACGUAUCAUACGGAUCCGGACAGUAACAACAACUCCUACCAUGUCGAGUUUGGUUUUCGUAAAUGGCAAAAAGGGUACACCACUAAAGCCUUUAAAGGUAUACUGAAAGGUUCGGGGGAACGCCGAGAGAGUAAAAUACUGGUGAAGGCUUUCCGCGACAAACCAGGGAGUUCCACGAGAUGUGAAAAUGAACUCAAAAAACACCUGAAAGGGCAGGAAUUAAUGCAGGCCUUCAACGAAAAGUUUCCCGAAGCGUUGAAAAUGUCCGUGACAUGGGCUACCAAGUCGUCAAUAGAAAAUGCUGCUCUUUUUCACAGCGGUCGAAGAUUGAAAGAAAACGAACACGUUAUCGUUGAAGAAGUCAUCAGGGAGAAAUUUAAAUAUUUCGUGGAUCCCCAUUUCAGACGGCUUCAAAAAACACCAAAAGAUUUACAGACUUUAAUGCAUUUUAGUUACGACUUCACCGGUGGUCAGAUGGUGCUGUCGGGGCUGAAAGGUGCCAGGACUUCUGAUGGUUUCAAGUUUACCCUCCCCACCAUCCACAGUAUGAACGGUGCUUUCGGAGAAAAGGAUGAAGGAGAACGGGGAAUUGAGAAAUGUUUCGAAAAUCACGUGUGCAAUGCUGUGUGUGCGCGUUGGUUGCGGCCAGACUCUGAUGCAGUGGUCGAGCAACGACCUAGGGCUCCGAGCGCUCCAUACGAUCCGGAAAUGUUGGACGGAUUUCCUGGACAGCCUCCACCCUAUACACCAUCCCCUGAAGUUUUCUCGGACACUAAAUUAAAUUUCAGCAAUGGGCAGAUCCCAUAUAAUGUUUGUCUGGAGCAGACGUUUCAAGAGGGCCAAUGGCGUUUCCCGCCCAUCUGCAAUAAUAACAGUGAGCAGAAGACAAUGUUCGGUCCAGUAUACUAUGGUCAGAAUUAUUUCGGACUUGAUUCAGUACAUAAUAAUCGUAAUGAUGAGGUUUUCAUGGAUUCGUAGCAACUGUUCAGUUUACCUUAAACCAUACCAGCAUCAGUUUAAAGAAACCUCUGCUUUUGGUGUGCCUGUGUUCUUCCCUGGUUAAUCUCAGCAUUUUGUCUCAUUGAUAUCUUCCAUCACUGGAAGUGGGAAGGAAAACUGUGAGUUUGUCUAACUAAAAACUAUGCGUUUAUUCCAACCAACUUGUGUUAAUAUUUUAUGAUUGUAUUGAGUAGAAUUUCAGCUUGUUGAAGAUGUUGUGCUAACACACCAUUUUAUAACUUGUGUAUAAUUAUUGCACCAUUAUACAAUAUAUCUAGUUCUAUAAUAAAUUAGGGAAAUAUAUUUUUGAGAAUUUGAUAUUUUAUUUGGCAUAAAUCAUUAAUUUUUUAAGUUUAGAAUAUUUAUUGCACUAAAGUUAUUAGUCAUAAUUAUGUUUCCCGUUCAAACGAUUCUGAUCAUAUGUUUACUUGAUUUGAAUUUUAUAUUAAAUUUUGCAAGAAUUAUGAAUAUUAAUUUAUUAAGUUUAAAAUAUUUAUUGCACAAAAGUUCUUAGUCAUUAUUAUGUCUCCCGUUCUAACGAUUUUGGUCAUGCUCUGGGGUUUUUUCGUCUUCAGGAAUUGUUUAUAUGAUUAUUCUAUAUCUAAAUGUUUAUUUUCAUAUGGAUGUCAUAUUAAAUUUUGCAAGAAUCGUGAAUAUUAAGUUUCUCGUUCUGCGUAUUGAUCAUGUUUCUCGAUAUAUUUUUCUGGUUCUAAAUAUGUUAGUCGUGUUUCUGUCUUUAUGGCCGUCUCAAAAUUUCAACAUUUGCGUCCUAACAAUUAAAUUGCAGAUAGAUCUGGAACCACUCACCUGCCCAGAUAGGUCUGGAACCACCCACCUGCCCCGAUCGAUCUGGAAUCACCCACCUACCCAGAUAAAUCUGGAACCACCCACCUGCCCAGAGUAAGAAAAUGUGGACGUAUUUCCAUCCAUGGUACAGCAUUUAAUUUAUCAUCUUCUAUCAGCAAACUCGUUCAACCCACGCCCACCAAGUUCCGUGGUUUAAUCGUGUAUACGCAAGUAUUGAAAUUUAGAGAUAGUCUCUUAAACAUACAUUAUGCAAGAGCUAAAUCUGCCUAUUGUAGAUCUUUCUUUAGGACUGAAAUGUUUUCUAAAUUAUUAAUUAGACAUUAAUUAACUUAUCAAGACCAUAAUCAACUCUCGAUGGCUUCGGAUUUCUCCGAUAUUAAAUAGAUUAGAAUAGUUCAGCCAUUUUUUGAUGUAAGCUAAAAAUGAAGGAUCGAGACUUAGCUUCGAACAACCAGUACGUUGGUUGAAAUUAUUUCACACGUCCUGUUAAACCUUCAAAGGCUAAUAUCGUCGCUCGCAAUAGAGUAAAUUGAAUGAAAUUUUCAAAUUAUUCAUUUUAGAUUAUCUAUUUUCGAACUAUUAUAGCACGAAUGGAUAGAUCUUUACCUAAAUCUUACAUUAAAUAUAUCGUCUGCAAAACGAAAGUCGUAUUAUUAAGAUAUUUCUGAUUUACCCUUAAAACAUUAUAAAUAUUUAAAAGAAAAAAAAUCUUUAUUCUGUUCUUUUAAAAUACCAACAAGAAACCAAACCCAAAGUGACUUCUAGUUAUUAUACACGCUAGUUUAUGAAGUUUGUCAAUCAGGAGAAGUCCUCAAGAUCUUAGACCUGUUUCACGAAAUUUUAACUAAGAUAAAGCUUAUAGAUAAAUUACAAAAAGUACAGAAUACUGCGGCUAGACUUGUUAGUUUUACUAAGAAAUGUGACGAUAUAACUCCUGUUUUAUAUAAUUUACACUGGUUACCUGUUAAAUAUCGAAUUGAUUUUAAGAUUUUAUUACUUACUUUUAAAUGUUUAAAUAAUUUAGCUCCUGUUUACCUCUCAGAUCUUGUAGAACUUUAUACACCUGGCCGAACAUUACGUACAUCAGAUCAACUACUUUUAAAGCCCAAAACUGUUCAACUAGUCUCUUAUGGUCAGCGCUCUUUUAGUUAUCAAGCACCUGUUUUAUGGAAUAAUCUACCAUUUAGUUUAAGAUGUUGUACAUCUCUAUAUUCUUUUAAAAAAACAACUUAAAACACAUUUAUUUAAUCAGGCUUUUAACUGACUCUGUAUACAAUCGUUAACAUGCCCAUAAUCUUGUUGUUUAUGUGUGAUUUACAUUGUCACUUUGUAAAGUGCCCCUGAACAUGUUAUAUGAAAGGGUGCACUAUAAAUAUGCUGUAAUAAUAAUAAUAAUAAUAAAGUCCAAAUUUUAGUAAUUUGAUUGGAUAAUAUUAGAUUGAUUUUAGUGCUUAGCCAAUCAAAAUUGAAGUAUCUACUAAAAUUUGGAUUUUAUCUUUAAUUAAGAUUUCGCAAAACAGGGCCCUGAUACAUGAUCAAAUCGGUUUUACAAUGAACCUAUCAGUUGCUCUCGGUUCUAUUCAGUAACUGCUGAUAGUUUAAGAGCUAUAAUUUUCUUUUAAUUUUUGGGGUAAUUCAAAUAGGAUUUAAUACACACAACGGAUUGAAAUAGAAAAUUGUCUACUCGAAUUUCUUUAAGAAACUGAUACAAAUUACGGGCUGUUUAUACCGGAUGAUAGCAAUUAAUACAAGUAUGAAUAUAGGAAAUACACAGCGGCCUUCACUGGUCAUAGUUUCAUUAUAAAAUUGUUAAAACAAAGAAAUUAAUCAAAGAUCCCAUAUUAAUAUUGCUUUAUAUACUAAUAAAUACAUCGGAACACAUUAAUUUAAUGUCGCAGUUCAGUGACCUACGCCAUGACACAUUUCUUGCCAAUAUGGAAGCCACCCUCUGAUAUAUACACAAUAGCGUCAUGCAGCACAUUGACUUAAGUAGACGGCCUUAGAGUGCGUAUGUAAAACACAGAAAAACAGACCCGUACUAAUAUAACGCCUUUCCUUUCUGCACCGUCCGGGUAUUAUUGUGGAGACGUUAUCUAAAUUACAUGUUAGUUUUUCUGUCUAA